AUGAAUAGCACUAAUUACUCUUCAAUGUUCAGCGGAUAUAACAAGCUACCAGAUGCUGCCCAUUAUGUUUUUGGAGUACUCUUCACUUUUUUAAAUGUGGCAGCCACUUCUGGAAAUUUACUUGUGCUCUUUGUUUUUAUGAUGAGUUCAAAGCUUCGAAGUGGACACUGCUUUUUGGUUUCUGCCCUUUGUUUUAGCGAUUUGCUGAUGAGCUCAAUUGGUCUAACGAUGCUGACCAUUGCCAGUUUUUCCACAUAUUGGGUCCUAGGAAAAAUGGCCUGUACUUUGUAUGGAACUUUGAUGACUUUUCUGGGCCUUUCACAGAUCACGUUGUUAGCAGUCAUCGCCUACACAAGAUAUCUUGUAGUCGUGCAUAGCAGGAAAAUCGGAACUAUCUCCGCUAAAAUUAUUGCAUUGGCUUGCUUUGCGUAUUCCUUGUGCUUUGCACUUGCUCCCUUAUUUGGGUGGAGUAGUUUUGAACUGGAACCUAUAGGGACGUCAUGCGGACCAAAUUGGGUCGGCAUUGCUCUUGAUGAUAUAAGCUUCAACCUGACCCUGUUUUUCCUUUGUUUUCUAGUGCCUUUAUCCGUUAUACUAUUUUCAUACACAAUGGUUUACAAAAAGAUCAAGAAAAGGAAAAUCCGGAAAAAGUCAGAAGGAUACGAAAUUCACGUGACAACCACCAUCUUAAUUAUGAUAGUGGCAUUUCUUGGUUCCUGGACUCCGUACGCAUGCAUGGCAUUAUACAUCGUCAUAACCAAAAAUAACCGGAUAAAUCUGGUUGUUUCUUCCAUUCCUUUGCUUCUUGCCAAAUGCUCCCCUGUCUGGAAUCCUUACAUAUAUUUCAUGAGGAAUCACAAAUUUAAUCAAGAGUGCCGGAAGUUAUUACCUUUCUUAAGACACCUUGGACUUUGGCGAGUGAAUCCGCGUGAACAAAGCGUUGUCACUCAGCAACAAGUGACCAGUUCUCUACAAAGUUCUACUUAUGUCUGACGGCGGUGGGGAAAAAAGAAUACAGAGGCAACGACAUUGCAAUGGUGCUUGUAUUAUAGUUUUAAAAAAUUAUUGUGCUGUGUCAUUCAAAACAUUUCAUGGUUUGUUUUUCGUACAAAAAGGAAAAACAAAAUGUGUCUUUAAAUACAAGUCACUCUAUGCUAUUACGUUUUCAAAUUAUACUGAGCAAAAUAAGUUUAGCAAUUUAAGAUAUUUAUCAUAAAACAAAGUAGAACAAAAUAGACACAGCGCUUACAGUUAAAUUGUGAUGUGAGCUUGUCAUCACAUAACAAAAUAAGGCAAAAUUUGUGCUGUUUUGUAAGAAAUGUCGUGAAACUGAUCACAGAUACGGGUUUGAAAAGUCAGAUUCAGUUUCAAUAUUGUGUAAGGCCUCCAAUUGCAGCAAUAAUAACAUCACCACUGCGUCUCAUGUUCCUUUGUAUCUCAAGCGUGGUGAUCUGGUUCCACUCCUGCUGCAGGACAAGGGUCAGUUCUGCUACGUUGUUGACGUUAUGUCGCUGCCUUAAACGUCGACCAAGAAUGUCUCAAACGUGUUCAAUGGGUGACAAAUCUGGCGAUCUCGCGGGCCAAUCAAAGAUCUCAACACCAUUCUGAUGAAGGUCAGUUUUUGUGUCGUGCGGGCAUUGCCCAUGCGAGGCGGCACUGUCGAUGACGUUGAGUUAGUGGUACUGCUGUGAGACGUUUUCAAGCUCGAAGAUUUGCAAACCUAGCUGUGUUUUUUUUUUACACUUUGUUCACAUAACCUCAGUUCAGUUACACGGCGUAAUUCGUCUGCAACUUUAAGAGCAGCCAUAAUACGGUUACGUCUCGACCUUGUAACAGUAAAACGAUCUUGCCUAACCGUCGUUUUCCAUGGUCGUUCUUAGCGUCGACAAUUACUAACAUGUCAAGUGGUCCGUGGUCGGUUUAAAAGUCAACAUAUGGUGAACGGAUGCACAAGAAAGUCUUCAGCGACAUUUCUUUGUGAGCAACCGGCGUUAGCAUCUCUAUAGUAGUUCGACAUUCAUUUUUGAAAAGUCCUGGGCGUUUCUCAAUUUGACGCUUUUGCAAUCUUUCACCGGUUUUCUUUUACAAGCGUGCUCGAAAGGCUUUUCAAGUAAAAAAUUCUUCCAGGACCAUGUCCGUUCGAGCGUAUUCUUUUUGUAUUGUUGAAUUGUCAUAACGUUGGACGACGCAGUUUCUGCGCAUCAAGUUGAAAAAAAUGAAGAGUGUCUUUUGUUACCCUUUUCUAUAUUGAUUUUAUGCAGAGACGAAAUAAAAUAAUUUCCAAAAAUAUUUUUAAAAUUAGAAAAACAAUUGGCUUGCUAAACUUAUUUUGCUCAGUAUAUAUAAUUUUUUUAUAUGAAAUGUUCAUUGAAAGAUUAAGCUUUAACCUUAAAUUACAGAAUGUCGAUCCAGACUUUAAAGGGUAAAAUGUAAUAGAUAGAAGGAAAUGUUCAGACUAUAGGAUUAAAGCACUUUCUGUUCUCUGAAAUCUAUAAUUCAUUAUUAUUGAUCAUAUGUCUCUUAUUGCUCGGUGUGAAUUCACAAUCACCGGCAAGUGCUGACAAUAAUGGCUUUAUCUGUUCAUUCAUGUUAUACAAGGCCUCAUAGAUAAAUCAAUUUCAUUCACACCUAGUGUAGCCAUCUUAACAUUGAUAAAAACGUGUUUUACGCAUAGUUUCAUGUGCCAAAGUUAUAACUCUUUUAUUCCUGUGCUUUUGAGUUAUGAAUUUUUCAUUUCAAUGCAAAAGAGAGACAUUCAUGUUGAUAAUGGUUCAAUUUCCUUAUUGAUAUUAGUCCUUACAGUUCACUGGCCUCUAAAAAAAGAUAACUCAAUUGUCACAAGAUAAACGAUUGUAUAUAUCAUUUACAAAAUUAAUAUCUAAAGCUAGGCAACUAUUCCCGGCAAUGAAUGGUGGAAUUGUAUGCAUUUCAUCAAAAGUAUGAUUUCUAAUCAUUAAUUGUCAUAAAUUUUUACAAAAAGUUAAUAAAAGGUUGAUGGACCCUAAAUUUGUUUGACGGGUUUUUAUACGACUAUUGAAGAUACAUGUAUCUUGUAAGGAAAGGGGGACAAUCUGUCUAGCUCUUUCUCCGACUGUAGUUAAUAAUUUCAUAUUUUUCAAAUACAGUACACCGGUAAGUCAAACCUAUGUAAAGCAGAGAGAGAGAGAGAGAUGCGAGCGGGAGAUUAAGAGAUUGAGAGGUGGUGGUGGUGAUGAAGAGCAUUAUCAAGAAGAUAAAGUGCAUGAAAAUCUACAUCUUCAAAAUAUUUGACUUUUCGUUUGUCCUUUCAAGUUAUCUGUGUUGCGAAAAAGAACUAUUUUGUAACGCUAUCUAAUAACGUGUUGUUAUCUUUGUAUUAUAUAUGUUGAUGCUUUA